AUGAGUCAGACCACUAUUGGCAGCGUGAGUCUGGGCCUCGAUCCCGCCCCUUUGCCCCUGGAAGCUCUUUAUGGCUCCAGGGAGGAGAAGACACCCCAGGAGGCCCCUCCAGACUUGGAUCGCCGCCCCCCCCGCCCCAGGUCCUCUCCCGCGCGCCACCUUGGCCUGCGGGGCGCGGGCGCCCCCUUCCCGCGGAGCCAAGCCAGGAGCAGCGAGCCCCGGCGUGCCCCAGGGAUGCCCAAGCACGACGCGGAAGCUCAGCCCAGCCCGGGGAACACCCAGCCCCGCGCGGUCCUGCACCCACGGGGUGGGCCCUGGCCCUCGCAGGGGUCUGAGGAAUCGGUUUAG